AUGGAGCUCCUGGCAAUGCUUGGAAUUCCCCAAGCAGAAAGGUCCCAGGAGCCCCGGCUGUAUCAGGAGAUCCGUGAGAGAGGGCUGAACUCUGUCAGCCAUGAGUCAGACGAGGAUUUGCGGGAGGAAUCCAUCCCAGAGGAGCCAUCCCCUCUGGGUGCUGCUAUCGUGGUGCAGAGCUACCGCCCGGCGCAGGUGACCUGGAGCCAGCUCCCGGAGGUUCUGGAAGCAGGCAUCCUGCAGAGGAUAUGCCCCGAGGAGCGCAAGAGGCAGGAGGCAAUGUUUGAGAUCAUCACUUCUGAGUACUCCUACAUGCACAGCCUGAGUGUCCUGGUGGGCCACUUCAUGCGCUCGGAGGAGCUGAAGGAGACGAUGACGCAGACGGAGCAUCACCACCUCUUCUCCAACAUCGGGGACAUCCUGACGGUCAGCACGAGCUUCUUUGAAGACUUAGAGAAGCGCCACCAGGAAAACCUCCUGAUGCCUGACAUCAGUGACAUAGUGGAAGAACACGCCUCGAACCACUUCAACCCCUACAUCAGUUACUGCUCCAAUGAAGUCUAUCAGCAGAGGACACUGGAUAAGCUGCUAACCACAAACCCCUUAUUUAAAGAGACUCUGAAACAAAUUGAAAGGAAACCAGAGUGUGGAGGCCUGCCAAUGAUCUCAUUUCUCAUUCUCCCCAUGCAGAGGGUAACAAGGCUUCCUCUGCUCUUAGAUACGGUCCGUCAGCAAACAAACGCACACACUGCAGCGUACGGAGCUGCCACCCGGGCUCUGAAGGCCAUCAGCAAGCCCUUCCCGCUGAUCUCCGCGUCCCGCUGGCUGCGGAAGCGGGGGGAGCUGCACCUGCUGCUCUCGGAGGAGGCGGGAAUCUUCCGCCGCGGCGCCGGCCGGCUCUGCUACCUCUUCCUGUUCAACGACGUCCUCAUCAUCACCAAGAAGAAGAGCGAGGAGAACUACACGGUGAUGAACUACGCCACGCUGGACCAGGUCACCGUGGAGAAGGUGGAGAGCCCGGAUCCACCGUCCCCUGCUCCCGGGAAGGCUGGCGGGCACCUGCUCCGGGUGGUGCUGGAGAAGGACAGCGAGGGCCGGCGGGAGGAGAUCCUGCUGUCAGCAGAGACACUGUGAGUGGAAAGCCUUCAUCCUGAUGGGAAUGUCCCAGCUACUGCUGGCAGCAGGUACGCUGUCCCCAAGGCUUUCUCUGAUAUGGGCUUUCC